UGAAAGAAUGAAGUGAUUGAAUUACAAUAAAUGAGAAGUAGUGAAACCGAUCCCUCCAUUGUCUGAUCAGUCAUGAAUAUAUUGGUCUGCGUGACACUGCUCUCGUCCUUUAUCCUUACUUCAGCCAGGACCAGGCUUAUACUAAGUGCUAAUGAGGAACGCGGAAAUUCAGAAAGUUUAUUUGAUGAAGAAUUUGAUAAUGAUGGACUUUUAAAACCUUUUAAAGUGCUACCUCCUGAAGAUGUUGAAGAUUUCCAAGGUGGUGAUCCUCAACAAGAUGUCAAAACAGAUAACGUCACACAACAGAUGAACAGGGUUGCUGAUAAUGCCGAGAAUUUACAGAUGGAAGAUAACAAAGAUGCAUCAAAUCCUGCAGAUGUGAAUGAAAUGCCUGAAGGGGGAAAGUUAAGUCAACUGGAACCUCAAGAAGAAUACAGAAGACGCCAAGGAGCAGAAGACCCUGAACCCCAAGAAGAGGAGGAUCAAAUAUCCCAAAAAGAAAGGUCCAGCAUGGAACCUGAGGAUGUGGUCCCAGAAACCUAUUCCUUGAAAGGAAUACGAAGUAUACUAUCACCAGAUAUCCUACAUACACUGGCAACAUGUGGAUGGAAGGAUGAACUAGUAAUAGUAGACAACGCAUAUCCAAUCCCAGUUUGCGAUAAUACAAACUGUGAUAAACACAAGAUAUUACGAUUGGAUGGAGCUCCACUUCUCCUACUUGUCCAGGAAAUAAUGAAUCUCUGGAAAUUAGACGAUCACAAUCCACUAGCAAUCAUGCUGAUGGGGGAUAAACAGGAUGUGAGUGAGACACUUAAGUUUGUUCUUUCGAAAAUCAUAACUGAGGAAGAAAAAUGUGGAAGCAUGGACACCAUGGACAGAGCAGAUUUACUGACUUACAAUGAGUUCUCUAAACGUGUUGACAAAGCAAGAUUUAUCAUUAAAACUGGAGAAGUUGGACCGUGGAACAACAUCAUUUUAAGAAAAGGAAUGAUUACUGGAGAUUGUAAAGAUCACAAAGAAGAUGAAAAAAUAGUUCCAACCAGGUCCAAUGAAAGGUCCAAUGAGAGGUCCAAUGAGAGGUCCCUUCAAUACGAAAGAAAGCAAAUGGAUGAUAAAAUGAAUGAUCAAAUGGAUGAUCAAAUAAAUGAUCAGAUGGAUGAUCAAAUGAAUGACCAAAUCGAUAAAGAUUCUAGAGAACGCAGUUCAGGUGAAGAAAUAAGUGAAAAUGAUGCUGGCAUGAAUAGAGCUUAUGCAUCAGAGGAGAUGGACGAGGAACAUUUUGAUGGAGAUUUCAUUCCUGAUAAAGAGGAAUUAACAGGAGAUGAUCUACAAGACACUGAACCAAGAGAGCACGACAGUUUACCAGAAAAAGAAGCACAGCAGUACUAUCCAGAAAUUGAAGCUUUGAAAACAGCAAAAGAUAAUUUAGGUGAACACAUAGAAAAACUGAACCCAUCAACUAAAGAUAGGGAUUAUUCUUCUGUUGAAAAAGCUGAAGGACCCUACCAUGAAAAGCUGCAAAGACAUCAUCAGUUUACAGACACAAAGUAUAAACACAAUGUAACCAUACCAGAGAGCUUAAGGGAAAUGUUUAGAGCCCCUGACGCAAGACCAGAAGAGCCAUCUGUUCAGAAUCAGAAUAAUGAGCUAAGAGUUCCAUCCAGAGGGGUGAUAACACCCCCAGGACCAGCACCACAUGGAAUUCCAGUACCCCCAGAAGCCCCACAAAUUCCACUAUCCCCAGAAGCACCACAUGGAAUUCCACUAUCCCCAGAAGCACCAAAUGGAAUUCAACUAUCCCCAGAAGCACCACAUGGAAUUCAACUAUCCCCGGAAGCACCACAAUCAAAUCCAGCAUACUCAUCAUCAUCAUCCGUUCCAGUAACAGCCAAUGCACAAAAAGCACCUCAAUCCUUAGUGCGCCCAGUCCAACCUACAGAAGAACAAGCCAAACACCAAGGAAAUGAUGCAUUCAGGAAUCCAGAAUAUCCUCCUGGAUACAGAAGAGCAAUUAACCUAGAACUAAAUGGAACAUUUUCCAAUGGACAAGAUCAACAGGAGGGGGAGAUACUUAUGAACAUUGAUGCAUUAAGAAAAUAUAAUAGUAAUUUGGAAAAGGCAGUGCAGGAGAAUAAUGGCCGCCAAUACGAUAAUCGAGUCAAUCCUCAAUAUCCAGGGGGUACAGAGCAGACCAGAAAUAACCCCGACGAAAUUAGUGCCGCACUGAAAGAGCUUACUGGUAUUAAAGAUAUGAAUCAGUCAUCUAUGCCUGGUUUAAAACCCAACUGAUCUAGAAUACUCCCAGCUAGCAAUCCAACCCACUUUAAUAAAGAUAAAAAGGUGUGAAGUUUUAACCAAUAAUAAAUGUAGACAAAAUAAAAUGUUAUUAGAAAAAUAAAAAUGCAAAGCACU